ACUCAACAACAAUAUUAUGAUUUAUUGCAUUUAAACAAUAUUACAAGUUACAAUGGAAUUAGAAACGUUGUUGCGAAAAAGUGCCUUAACAAAUAUAUUUGAAACUAAACAGGAAGAGAGUGAAAAAGUAGAAGAUGAAUAUUUUCAAGAGAUCUAUGAUCAGUGGAAAGGAACUAAAGCAAAAGAUAAAGAUUUAACUUAUAAAGUGAUACCUAAGUUUUAUUUUAAGUUACCUAAAGAAGAUGAGAUACUACCACAAAAAUUAAGAGAAGAAACACGUGCAUUAUUCCUACAAAGACGUUCACGUCAAUUAUUAGAUAAUAAUGAAUUAAAAGCACUAUGGGUCUUGUUAGAUAAAUAUCAUAGUCCACCAUUGUCAGGAGAAGAACAAUUGAUUAAUUAUGAGGAUUUUAAGAAAGUUGGACAAUUGGCCGGUACCAAAUGUAGUCCUUAUUUUACUGCAGUAGUUUUCGCAAAACUUCAACAAGGUGAUCAACAUGGAAGAAUAAGUAUUAUGGCAUUAUUUAAUUAUGUUAUGAGAAAAGUUUGGUUACAUCAAACCCGUAUUGGUCUUUCUUUAUAUGAUGUCACUGGACAAGGAUACCUCAGAGAAUCUGACCUGGAAAAUUAUAUUUUAGAACUUAUACCAACACUGCCGCAACUGGAAGGUCUUGAAAAAUCAUUCCAUUCAUUUUACGUGUGUACAGCUGUUAGAAAAUUUUUAUUCUUUUUGGAUCCUCUUAGAACUGGAAGAGUUCGUAUUCAAGAUAUUCUGGCAUGCAGUUUUCUCGACGACCUAUUAGAAUUACGAGACGAAGACCUACCGAAAGAUUUACAAGAAGCUAAUUGGUUUUCAGCACCGUCUGCGCUUAAAGUUUAUGGCCAGUAUCUUAACCUUGAUAGGGACCAUAAUGGAAUGCUCAAUAAAGAAGAACUUGCAGGGUAUGGAACAGGCACUUUAACCGGUGUAUUUUUAGAAAGAGUAUUUCAAGAAUGUUUAACAUACGAAGGAGAAAUGGACUACAAAACUUAUUUGGAUUUUGUUUUGGCUUUGGAAAAUCGUCACGAACCACAAAGCUUGCAUUACCUGUUUCGAAUAUUAGAUAUUAAUAAUCGUGGUUAUCUCGAUACAUUUUGUCUUAAUUAUUUUUUCCGAGCAAUACAAGAACAAAUGACAACGCAUGGUCAAGAACCAGUAAGUUUUGAAGAUGUAAAGGAUGAAAUAUUUGAUAUGGUUAAACCAGCUAAUCCAUGUAAAAUUACACUGCAAGAUCUAUUAUCUUGUGGUCAAGGUGAUACGAUGGUGAGCAUUUUAAUAGAAUUUCAUGGUUUUUGGGCGUAUGAAAAUCGUGAAGCUAUGGCUGCCGACACAGGAGAUGAGUCAUCUCAUAAAGAAAGAGUCGAAGAAGAAGAAAAAGAAGCAAAACAAAUUGAUAAAGAGAAUGGUGAAAUAGGCAUAAGCAAUGUCAAGUCUAAGCUACAAAGACUGGGCAAGCUAUAUUCUGAAGACACUUGUGAAUUAAGUUCACCAAUUCAUAAGACAGAAGAAAAAUUUUAUGCUGAAGAGUAUAAUCAAACAGAAUUGAAAUCAGUAAAAAAAGGUGCCAGGCUCGACAGAUUGGCAGCUCUUGCUUCGACCAUUAAUAAUUGGGAAGAUGAUUUGUCACAUCCAGUUAUUGCAAAAACAUCGUCCAAUAAGGCAGAACAAAUACAAGCUAAAUUUAAUGAUAAAGUGAAGAACACGACAGAACCACAGCCAAGCACAAGUGGAUGCAGUAAAUGGAAUAGUGGUAGUAAUUCUGAAGGAAGUUCGACCAAGCAAUUGAAAUGGGACAAAUCUGUUUUACAGAGCUUAGAAACAGGAGGAGGUCCGUCAAGUUCUUCACCCAGAAAAGACACAAAUACCGUGCAAAGACAAGAAGAGAAAAAUAUAUCAAGCUCCAAACUGAACGUUGUAUUAGAAGGCAAGGUUACGAAUGAUGACAAUGUGCAUAAAAGUGCAAAUAGGACAACUAAGGAGAAUGCAAAUUCAAAUACAUCAGAAAAGACAGUAAGAACUACAAAUGCAAAUACAAACAAUUCUAGAAUAACAUCUAGACUUGGUUUUAAUGGUUCACCUAAGAGUCCAAUACCUGGUUCAUCACCUGGGUCUGUAUUGAGUAAAGCUUCCAUGUUUGAAUCACGAAAUAAUGAUACUAAAGCAAAAGAUCCAGCACAGAUGAGCCUUUCUGAAAGAAAAGCUCUUUUCGAGAAGAACAAAGAUGAAGCUCCGUUAAUUCCAAAAGCACCACUUACUAUGUCUAUACCACCCAGUAAAUUACACGAAAAAGAGACAUCUAAUUCGCCACAUGGACAUGUGUGUGGCGCAACAGAUCCGUCAGCAAAUAAUCGUAAAGCAGAAAAUUCUAACAGAGUCGUAACUCAGCGUGCAAUAUUUGAACAUGGUCACACACAAGAAUUGGAAAACAAUAUAUUGCGUACUGCUCAAAUUGAAAGACAAAGAGAAUUAGAUAUGCUACGUUCACGUUUCAAUACCAAUAAAGAAAUAGCACAAGCAGCUGCUGGUUCUUGUAUCAGAACGAGCGAAAGUAGCGAAGGGAAAUCUAAUUCACCAAAGAAUUCUCUAAUCUGUCCUGUUAAACCUACACCAGCACUCCCACCUCCACCACCACCACCUCUUCCACAGUCAUCGAAUUCGAACCAAAAACAUCAUUUAGAGCAAGAAAAAUCUUCACCAGUUAAACGACAAGGAAAUGUGCCAAAAGUACUACAAACUGUGACUUUACCGGAUGUUAAACGCAUACGUGUAUCCCCUCCGAAAUCUGGAAACUUAUAUCCUUCGCUUUCAGAAAUUGAAAUCAGCACAGAAACGGAGACUGAGUAUACCGUUAAUAGCACAGAACCAGUAACUGCUACCUUAGAAGAAAACACUACUGAGAGCGAAUCAGUUACGGAAGCUGAAUAUUACCUUGAAGACAACGAAACCCAGUUAGAUAGCGAAGAUGAAACCGAAGAUGAAACUCAAGAUGUAAAUACUAGCUUGGGAAAAAGUAUUUUACAUGAAGUUAAUCAAAAAAUAAUAAGGAACAAAAAGAAGAGAUCGAUUGAACCUGAUCCAGAUAGUACAACAUCUGAUAUAUCUGUAUUGGAUGAAAUGGAUGAAUAUUUGGACGAAUGUCUUGCGGCGCAAGAUAGAAAUGCUAAAAACUAUGGACCAACACCCCCAAAAGUAAAUAGAGGUGAAGAAAGUCCGGAAGUUGCUUCUGGUAGUUUCAAAUAUACACGGGGAUCGUUAUAUCGUUCUCCUGUCGUUAAACCAAUGACUCCAGAAAAGAGCAAACAACCAUAUAUUGUAGAAGGUGAUCAACACACUCCCUUGUUACGCACUGUCAGCUGCUACAGGCGUCAACAAUCAGAAUUACGAACGCCGAAAGGUACCCCUCUUUCGGUAUCCAAAAUUGUGGAAUCUUCUUCCGAUUCUACGGAACCUUCGAAGGACGAAACAAUUUUAGUAAAAGAAAAAGUGAAACAUUUAUUGGACGAAGUUAGCAAGCAGCAAACGAUCAUUGGUCAAGCUAGUCAGGCUUUAAAUUUAUGCAGUUCUACGAUCGAAUUUAAUGAAUCGCAGGAACAAGUCGAAGUAGAAAAACUUCUACUCGUUGCCACUCACAGAAGACAAGCCGCUAUAAACGAGAUUCAAAGAUUAAAAAUCCAGGGUACAUUGAGACCUUCUGCACCAGGUUCUCCAGAAGUAGAUGAUACUGGAUCACUUACGAUAUCAGCAAUUACAUUGCCAUUGAGACGUGAAUACUUAAGAAGUAUUGCUCCAACUACUUGUCUUCAUUUCGUUUGUUUGAUACUGCAUUUGGAUGAAGUAUUAGCAACACCCGUGGUUGUUGCCGAGUCCGGCGAUUCUUGUCUACGUUUUCCUUCGACAUUAAAAUUGCAAAAUUUGUACAGCGAUUUUAAAAUAACCGUUGAAAUUUAUUCUCUACGAACACAAGCCGAAAUGCUUCCCCAUGAAGUUAAAUAUCAUAUUUAUAAUAAUGGUAGUGGACAUAAUGGUAAUAGCAGCAAAGAUAAGAAGCUCUUAUCUAAAACGCCGAAAAAAAGUUCGAAAUUUGAUAAUCGUUUAGUAAUGCCAAAUAUUCAAAGCCCUGCAGGACCUUCUUCAAUUCAAUCUUCUGCUUUUCAACUAUCUGGUUAUAUUGUUUUCAGUCUUAAAGAAGUAAACCGUCAACAGUUCACUUUAAAUAAGGUCCCACAGCAAUCUCCAUUGGAGGGCAGGUUGCAGAUGCACAUGUCUUGUGAACCGUCAAUAACGGUGGAAUAUCGUAAUUUUUUCACAAUAUUUGAAUAUGUCUCUGGUUUUGGUAUUUGGCAAAGAAGAUGGAUGGUACUCAAAGGAACUACAUUAUCCUACUACAAAUAUCCUCAUCACGAGGGUAAAAAGACUCCAUUAGGAAGUCUUGAUUUGCGUGGUGUUUCUACAAAAAUAGUAGAUUUAGCACCUUUUAGCAUUUGUAUGCGUGCCAAUACGGUUUUACUUGAAUCAAAAAGAGUAGCACAACCUGGGGAUACCGAUAGUCUUAUUAUGGUUACGAAUGGAUCUGAAACAACAAUUAGACAUCUUUACUCGGCCGACACAAAAGAAGAUAGGUUGGAAUGGUGUUCAAAACUUAAUAAAGUAUUACAUAUACUACAGGUCUGGGGGAAUAGUUCUGGUAUGUAAUACUGUGUAAAAUAAUGAACGUGUUACGUACGUUGCAAGGUAUUUAAUCACAAUUUCUAGUUAAAUACAAUUAGUCUUAUUUAAUGUGCGUAUGCAUUUUAAAAUAAUGCAAUAAAUAGUUAAAUUCUAUUAUAGUUUGUUACAAAAUAGCAAUUAUUUUUAACAAUUUUAAUAUUACAAGUAUAAAAUUUAUAUUUCUCUUAGAUAACAUUUAAUGAGACAUCGAUAUAUAUCAAAUUUAAACCGCAAAAUAAUAUAUUAUUUAAAUAUGGCUUAACGUGCGUUAAUUAUUUAGCUGGUGUCUUUAAGCUUUACAAUGUAAUUUUCAUUUAUUAUCGGGAAAGAAUCUUUAUGCAUAAAAUAUAAAUAAAAAUCAUAACGAGUUAUAACUGUACAGGAAAAUCGCGUUGGUAAAAUCAUACAAUAUAUAAUUUAUAUGAUAUUUCAAAGAGAGAGGAGAGAAUUACAUUACAAAAGUAAUAUAUA